GCUGUGGCAAUGUUUUAACAUUGGUAGUGAAGACAUACCCUUAGUGUCUGCAGACUGUACAGCUUCCCAUACAGGCUUGACUUUUGCAGUGUAGAUAGGGGCGUAAGACGCUACUGUCUGAAUUAAGGUUUCUUAUGUUGGUGAUUUUAUCAUACUCAGAAGCCCAUUCUUUCCGAUGCACCGAGCUGCCCUCUCAGCGUGGAGGGGAUGCUCUUUUCAUCUUUGUGCCAUUAUCAGAAUUGCUACAAUCCCUCUUUCUGGCAUUAUCUUCCCUCCGAUGUCCAUAGACUUUAGGCAGACCUAAGUCCUGUAUUAACACUUCUACAUCUUGCCGUUUUUAACUAUGUUCUUUCUUACGUUUUAAUGAUGUCUGCCUGAAGGCGCUACAGCAGCAUAACUGAUUGAUUGAUUGUAUCAGAACCUUGCAUGAUAAGCAGCAAGACAAGGAAUGGGUGGGAUAUUUUCACAAUUUGCCAGAUUCACUGACUUCACUGCUGGUGCUGCUGACUACUGCAAAUAACCCUGAUGUGAUGAUUCCUGCAUAUUCUAAGAAUCGAGCCUAUUCUAUCUUCUUCAUACUCUUCACUGUGUUGGGAAACCUGUUUCUGAUGAACUUGCUGACAGCAAUAAUAUACAAUCAGUUUCGAGGAUACCUUCUGAAAUCGGUUCAGUCCUCGCUCUUGAGGAGACGUUUAGGAAUCCGGGCUGCAUUCGAAGUGCUGUGCUCCCUGAAGGAGAGUCCUGUCAGUACAAAUGAAUUGUGUGUCAGUGCUAAUACCUUACUACAAGUGCUUCAAAAAGUUGAAAUGGAUUCUUGCUGCAAGCAAGCCAUCUUGAGGACAGUUCGGUCAUGCCCUCAUGGCAUACUGUCAGCUGCCCUGUUUCAGAAACUCUUUGAUGAACUUGACAAAGAUCCUGUUAAACAGCAUCCUCCCAAACCAGAGUACCAGUCUCCUUUUCUGCAGAAAGUGCAGUUUGCUUUUGGCCAUCACUUCUUUGGCUACUUAGGGAAUGUAGUAGCACUAGCAAACAUCAUUUCUAUAUGUGUCAUCUUGGUAAUGGAUGCAGAUAAGCAGCUUUCUGAACGGGAUGACUACUUCUUGGGGGCUAUAAAUUGUUUUUUUAUCCUGUACUAUCUGCUGGAAAUGCUGCUGAAAAUACUGGCAAUGGGAUUUAAAAGAUACUUAUCGUACCCAAGCAAUAGAUUUGAUGGACUUCUGACUGUAAUUCUGCUGGUUUUGGAGGUCUCAACUUUUGCUGUGUAUGGAUUUCCUCAUCCAGGCUGGAGACCCGAAAUGAUGGGGUUGCUGUCUCUGUGGGAUAUGGUGCGCCUGGUGAAUAUGCUAAUUGUAUUCAGAUUUCUGCGGAUUAUCCCUAAUAUGAAGUUCAUGGCUUUGGUUGCCAGUACAUUGCUGGAUCUGGUGAAAAACUUAAGAGCCUUUGCAGGGCUGCUGGUGGUGGUUUUCUAUGCGUUUGCUAUAACUGGCAUAGUGCUAUUUAAAGGUGCUGUUGUUCCUAUGGGAAAUACUAGUGUUGUCAAUACAACAUCUGGUAACAGCACCUUGCAGUGUGGCACCUACGAGCAGUUGGAGUAUUGGCCAAACAACUUUGAUGACUUUGCUGCUGCGGUAGUAACUCUCUGGGAUGUCAUGGUGGUGAACAAUUGGCAAGUUUUCCUGGAUGCAUUUUCAAGAUAUUCAAGUCCGUGGUCAAAGGUCUAUUUUGUAGCCUGGUGGCUAAUUUCCUCUGUCAUCUGGGUCAAUUUGUUCGUAGCCUUACUUCUGGAGAACUUUAUUCACAAGUGGGACCGUCACUCCCAUCGGCAGUCUCUCUCAGAAAUUGAAUACCAGACAACAGUGGAAUUAAUGUUCAGGGAUGUUUUGGAAGAACCUACAGAGGAAGAGCUGAUGCAAAAACUGCACCAGCAUCCACACCUGCAACUGUGUAGAUGACAGAUUGGUGGGAGGACCAAUUUAUUCACGCCUUUUUUGCAAUAAGAUUGUCAGCUGGAGGACUGAUAUUGCAGUGAAACGGAAUGGAUUUUCUGUAAAGUGCUAUUAACCUGAAAGCGUACAGGAAAGCAUGUAACAUUGUAGUUGGCAUUUUGAUUUGACUCUUGAACACCACCUACAAUGCAGAGCACUCUGCAGGGAGAACUUUUUUUUAUUUUAUUUUUAAUCGGCUCCUUUUUAAAAGAAAUAUUUAAAUUCUUCUAAUUUGACUUGAUUUUAGAGUCAUUUUAUGGGAAUAUGCAGCUGUUAUUUUUAUUAAGUGUCAGGACAAGGAGUUGUAGACCAUUUUAUUUGAUUUUUUUUUUUUAAGAAGGAAGACAGUAUUAAAAUGACAGUGCACUUUAAUGCAAACACUUAUAACCACUAUGCCUGCUGCUUUUUUGCACCAUAAAUAAUGGAACUGCCUAUUUUGGCAUUCAGUGUGUGCCAAGGACAGUGCCUUGAAAUUCUUGAAUGAAUUAGGCAGUUAUGCUCUAGAUUCUCAGCCUUUUUGUAAUAAGGGAAAUUGAAACACUGUUUGUAUUGAAAUAUGAUGCCAGCAUUCUUUUGUUUACUAAAUGUUCAUAAUUAUACAAUCCUGUUCAAAAGUUCAGGUUGAAGGUGGA